CCCAGCCAGCCUGCAGACUUUACAACCGAGGCAGAAGCCACCCUCUCUCCCAGACCUCCAGAAUCCUCAUCCUAAUCCUGCCACCAGAUCUCAGCUGAGAUCCACACCUGAGCCCCACGCCUAGAGUCUCCUGCCUCCUCAUCAUACGUCCAUCCAGGCCUCCUGUCCCUGCCUUCGUCCAGGCCUCCUCUCCUUACUUCCAUCCAGGCCUCCUCACCUCACCUGCACUCUGUCCCUGGCACCUUCACCCACAGGGCACUCCCAUUCACCAGUUGACCAGCCUCCAAGGCACAGCUACCAGAUCAUGGGACCUCGUACAGGUGUCACUCCAUCUAAGUCAGGGAAGAUGGUGUCCAGAGGGGAAGGACGCAGGCAGAGGAGCAAAAGCGACAGCAGCUACUGCAGACAGGUCCCAGUUCUCAGGUCUUCCUCUCCGGUGCUCUACAACCCCAAAUCAGUGUUGAAGAGACCAGUGAGUCCAGAGGAGCUACAGAGACCAGGAAGUCCCUACACCAGGAGAACAUUCACGAUCGUGGGGGACGCAGUGGGCUGGGGGUUUGUGGUGCGAGGCAACGGGCCGUGUCACAUCCAGGCUGUGGACCCCAGUGGCCCUGCUGCAGCCGCUGGCAUGAAGGUGUGCCAGUUUGUGGUUUCGGUCAACGGCUUAAACGUGCUCUCCUCAGACUACAAGACCGUCAGCAACCUCAUCCUCACCGGACCGCGAACUGUCAUCAUGGAGAUCAUGGAGGAGGCAGACUGCUGAGGCCCAUGUUGAAAGGAUGUAAGAUGAAGAUUUGUGACUUUGGAUAAAGUUUCAUGACGCUGGAUGAAGUUUGAUGGACAUUUGAUUGUUUACUCCAGUCAACCUGGCAGUGUCAUCGACUAGGGAGGGCUUUUCAGUCAGGGAACCACUGGGUUCACAAAUCCAUCCAGUAUCCUGCAGACUUUGACAUGGAACUCUGUGUGCUGACAUCAUCAACGUGGGACAGGAGCCAUGACACAGCAACAAUGAAUCCUCGACAGAGAUAUGACACUGGUAUGAUGAUAAUCCCAUCCCUCCACACAAACACACAGGGAGACAGACCUGCCUUGUGUUCCACUGGUCUGACUUUUGACCCUGUUUGCCACCUCAUUUCCCCCCUUGGAGUGUGUCCCCAUCCACAAAGUGGUUUCCUCCCACGUCACCUUGUUCCCUGCCCCCCUAUCAGAUCUAAGACAAACCGGCCAGUGUGAUAGAGCCUUCAAUGUCCUCUUUUAUUCAAACCUUGCCGUUCAAACCAAACAAAGCUUUUCAGAUUUGAGGAAUGAAAGGGGGAAGGAGGAGACAUGAGGAAAAAGCUUACUUGAAUAAAACAGACAAGCUUGUUUACGCUAGUGCCGGCUCUCCCUUUGUCCUACAGGUUGCCUAGGAGAAGCUUAUGAGGUGUUAUGAGCCGAGGUGUUACUCACUGCAACAACAAGCCUUACACUUGUUCCUGCAAGCACAGCAUGUUCAUUAUCAGGAAUAUAUUUGGUUUUUAGAGUCAUUCGUAUUGACUUCGGUGACGAUAUUUAAAUCUUUCGAUCAUUUUCAUUUCAUUUAAAAUCAAAUCAAAUGUUUUUAUCACACAUAAUGUGGUCCAAUUCCUACACGACUGUUGAGUAGUGCCAUAACUUUGUUUUGAACUGUACAUAUUGUUAUAAACUGUUUCUUACAUGACAU